UGACAUAUGGUUGAUGAGAAUAACCAUGAGCUAAUAUGGAACGCGGACAUGGAUACACAUGACACAAACAAGCCCUCCGCAAUAGAUUUGUUUAGCUGUGUAAUAACGGUUGGUACCUCAGUUGAAUAAACACGUUUUUAUCGAGUGGCUGGUAGUCGACUCUAAGGAUGGACUCAACUUCAAUAACAGGAGAAGAUGGAAUCAAUAGCUCUCGUGUAAUAGAAAGUACAAGUCUAUCUGAGUGAGUUUACCGACAAACAUUGUAUUAUAGAACAAAUUCGUCCCAGUGGAAUUAUUGCUCCACGUGUGAUACUAACGCAAGGACCCCAAGCUUGUCCUGUCCUGCAAAGACGGUCGGCGACCAGUGGACGGAAAUACAUUGUACGAGGUGUUUAAUCAGGUGUACGGAAUGCAGUAUAUGAACGCUCGCCGGGUCCUCAACAACAAAUACCGUCGCCAUAACCCUAAUGACGGACUCACGUUGGCAGAGAGGAUCAAGAACAGACGAUAUGGCAGCCAGAGUGGUAGUGAUGACUCGUACGGCAAUGGUGAUGCUAACUAUAGUGAGAGAAACGAUAGCUCCUUCUCCAGUGUAGAUAUAGCGGAUUAUGCUGAUAUCGACGACGGAAAGAGAACCCCAACGCCGGAACCCACAGCACCCCAACGACGACCGGCUAGCCACCACAAGGCCUCUCCCUCGACAUCCCGUCAACAGGACAUGGAGGGGACGCCAAAAAAUAGGAGAAAGCCAACAAGAACAGAUUCUAGACACUCAGUUUCAUCAACACCACCCUUACCACCGAUCAGGUCAAUGACCCCGAAGUCAUCCCGAAGACGAUCCCAGUCGUCGGAACAGAAACAGCAACCACGCACCGUCCUUCCCCCAAUAAAAUCACAGGGUUCGAUACAACGGGACUAUGACGAUCAGUCACGUGAUGGCAUAACACCACCUCGUGACACAAGUAAUUUUGACCCGGAUGUUGGAGUUGGUGUGAUGGUUGUCGGAAAUGAGAGGUUGAAGAGUAACACUCCACCUCCAGCUCACACAGAAAGGAGGCGAAAAUCAAGGUCGCCAAGUCCAAGAAGGAGAUCAAGGUCACAUUCUAGACGACGAAGUAACGUAGACGUGCACGUGAUAAACCACGUACGACAUCACAGUUCUGAUUCCCGGGAAAGGAGAAAACCUGUUGAUGAUAAACGGAGAAGGUCUCAUAGUAGAUCCCGAAGGUCAAAAUCAAGAUCCAGAUCCAGAUCGCGAAAUAAGAACGUCAUUAUUCACAAUGUUCGUGACAAGUCGAGGUCAAGAAGUCGCACUAGGUCCCCUAGAAGGAGAUCACGGUCAAGAUCGAGGUCAAGGUCAAGAUCAAGACGGCGAAAAUCUCGAUCAAGAUCACGAGAUGUGCAUGUCGUCAUGGCACAGAGUAAUUCGCGAGGCAGAAAAAGUCGCUCUCGCUCUCAUGACAGAAGAAGAAGUCCCUCCAGAGGUCGUUCUAAAAAUAAACAUAAGAGUCCGUCAAGGUCACGAUCACGAAAAAGGUCACAUUCACGAUCGAAAGUAGUGGUAGUUGCUGCUCCCACUGAACGAUCAAGGCCGAGAUCUCGUUCAAGGACUCCAAAACGUAAGUCAAGGAGCAGGUCUAAGAGCAGGCAUCAUAGGUCUCAUUCAAGGUCACGAAAGAAGUCCCGGUCACGUUCAAGGUCAAGAUCUCGUAGUUUAAGUGUUACGUUGGUUGCUGCUCCAUCAUCAAGAAGAGAUCGCUCGAGGACGCCGGAGAAAAAACGACGGAAGAGUCCAACUCCUACGCGGUCUAGUAGACGGUCGAGUCCGAAGAAAAGUAGAUCUCGAACCCCGGAACGACAAUCAAGAAAGUCAAGUAGGCGAUCUAGUCCAAAGAAAAAUCGAUCACCAACCCCUAAAAGUCGAUCUCGAACCCCGGAACGACAAUCAAGAAAGUCAAGUAGGCGAUCUAGUCCAAAGAAAAUUCGAUCACCAACCCCUAAAAGUCGAUCUCGAACACCAGAGCGAAAGAGUAAAACACCAAAACCACCCCCGGCUGCACGUCCAGCUAAAACACGGUCACCAGAUAUAGCCGUAUCAGCAGCAACUGCAGUUGCUGCAUCUGCUAACAAUAGGUCACCAGAAAGAGAAUCAAGAAAGUCGAGCAGACGGUCUAGUCCCAAAAACAGGUCGCCAACACCACCAGAUUCUCCGGAUCCCAGGCGAUCAUCUCCAAAAGAAAGCCCAAGAAAAAGCAAGACACCUAAACCUUCUCCAGCCCCACCGCCGGCAGCAAAACCUGACAAGGCAGACUCUCCCGCUGGUCCAGUGAAGGCGGCUGUCGCGGCUGCUGCAGAAGCUGCACCUUCUCGGUCCCGCCCUCCGUCAAAACGUCCACCGUCGGAUAAAAAGGAAAAUGAUUUACCUGAAUCUUUAUCGGGUAAAUCCCCGAGUGAUGUGGGUUCACCUCCUCCUUCAACAAGCAUGCAACAGACACCUAAACCAAAGAAAGAGAAAGCGCCGCCUAAAAAAUCCAAAGGCAAAGAUGAUAUGGAAAAUAUGAUAGCACAACUGGACAAAUUAACAGACUUUAACCUCAAAAACCUGUCUGGGAACGGCGGAGAGGCUGAGGCACCAGAGGUAGACAAGAAAUAUCUUGACAAAAUGAACGAUCCAGACUUUCAGAAAGAUCUUAAUGCGUUUCUGACGUCAUGAGUUUAGGAGAUCGUGUUAACUGCAUGUGUAUUUCUAAAUUAUAGACUCUGUCGUCGUAGGUUCGGGGGAAUGGGCUACCCAAUCAGCGUUGAAUAUGCUUGAAGCUGUGAUGUCGGUAGAUGACAGGUGUUAUAGAUGAAUGAAUUCAACAGCAAAGCUAUCAGCUAUCUGGUUUUGCCCGAUUUUAAAUAUUUUGAUCAGUGCCAGGAAUUCUUCUGAAAUUAUGCACUAGUUGUUGACUGCACGUGUCAAUUUAAAACGAUAAUUUCUCUGUAAAUAUGAAGCUGACUCUUCAAGUGACGGUUGGUCAGUUUUCCUCACUGAUGUAUCAUUGGAUGAACAUAAACUAGUAUUUACGAUCAAAUGACGUCGCCCUGCCGUUGUGAUAUACGGUCAAACUUCAAUUUGUUGUGUUCGCGAUGAUGUCAAAAACAAACAAUUACUUAUAUGUGUGAUACAAACAAUGGUCUAAGUAACAGGAUUAAAUUUGUGAUUAUUUGCUUUGGAAAUGGUGUAAUAUUUAAAGGUGGAUAAUGAAAUCCACUUACCUUUUGUGAGAUUGCUAUUUUCACGGUAACUCGAUUGGAUAUUACGUCGUAAAUGAAAGUGACAGAAAUUCGUUCUUAUGUAAAUUGUAUGACUGACAUUGUAUUAGCAUGUUACAAAGUGUAUUACAGUGUGGAUUUUAGUAAUACGUUUAUGUAAAAGUCUGCAGAAUGGCCAUAAAUGGGCAGAGUAAUGGCUAAAAAAAAUUGGAACAGAAAUUUAGUUUGACAUGUUUCAAACAUUACAUAUCAAAGAAGACAAGUCUACAGUGUUAUAGAAGUCAGUACACUCUAGUACUUUCUAGUUCUAGCGUGACAAAACUGCAGUAUUAUAUGAUGACGUCAUAAUGGUGGUGGUUUGUUGUGAUCGUAUCAAACAAUUACGCAAUUUGCUUAAAUAACAUUAUCUACUUAGACGUGUGUGCGAUCAUAAAAAAAUUUGAUUAUUUAUACAGUAUCUGGAGCAGUCCUGUAAUAAAAUGAAAUAUGAGAUAUAACUGUUUAU